UGUUGAGAGCCAUGACAGAUGGAGAGGGAGCGUAUGGCUCAGGCACCUCCAUCUUUGACCGUGUACGCCAGUUGUCUUCCCAAAAUAGCCAACACUCCCCGACCUUAUAUGUGCAGGCCUCCAGCGUGUGCCUGAGGAGGCAUCAUGUAUCUGGGCCACACAAUACAGGCUGCAGGCGCAUUGUUGCUGCUUACCAGCAGGCCUAUCGCCACCACAGGGACAAGGCCUCUUUUUCUUUCUGUCUUGGGACGGCUCACCAUGCAUCUCACCCAGCUCAACCGUGAAUGUCUCCUCCACCUUUUCUCCUUCCUUGACAAGGACAGCCGGAGGAGUUUGUCUCUUACCUGUCAUCAGCUGCGCGAAGUCUUCCUGGACCCUUGCCUCUGGACUCUACUUCACUUCAGCUCCCCGUGUCAGCUGACGAAGGACAACUUUGUGCUGGGACCCUCAUUACGUUUCUUGACAGUUUGCUGGUACUCCAGCAGGGUCCUGCAAGUGUGCAACAUUGAGGACUGGUUAAAAAGCUCGUUUCAGAAGGACAUCUGCAGUAAACAUGAGAGCCUGGUCAGCACUUUCCUGGCCCAUGUCUGCCACAUGUGUCCCAACCUGCUCUGGCUAACCCUGUCUGGCUGUGGACACAUCACUGACCAGGAUGUGAUCUCCAUGCUGCAGAGCUGCAGGAAGCUGCGCCGCCUCCACCUGGAGAACUGCGUACGCAUCACUGACUGCAGCCUGGAGGGUGUGGCGGCUCAGGGACACAGUCUGGAGGAGGUGAAGGUGGACUUUUGCAGGAACAUCACUCAGUCAGGGCUGCAGGCUGUCGGAGAGAAGAGGCCGGGCAUUCAGCUGAGUGCAGAGAGGAGCGCUGAUAUGAUCCCAGACAGCAAGCCUGAGAAGAGGGUGCCACUCAGGAGGACACUGCAGAAAGUCCUGCAGUUCUCCUGAAGGUAAUACUUAAUCAAGACUUGACUAUGAUGUCUUUUUCAGAUUUGUAUCUAUAUUUAAUAGAAGUGUAUUUGUAGGCCUUUUUUUAUACAACACCUGUUGAAUAUGAGUCUUCCUUACAAAGACGCUUUUUAAGCUGUCUCUAUAGUGUAGUACAGUAUAUACAUGUUGCCUUAUUAGUAACUCCUAAUCAAUAAACAUUGAAAUGGUACAAUUAUAUGAUUCCUUUCUUAAAUUUAGAGUUUGUCACUUAUGCUUAUUCAGUUUCUUGCUAAGAGUUAGAUUAGAUGAUCAAUACCACUAUCACAUCUACACGGUAAAUAUGAAACUACAGCAGGCUUGCUGUUUCCCCGUUUUCAGUCUUUAUGCUAAGCUGUGCUAACUGGCUGCUGGCUCCAGCUACAUAUUGACCGUUCAGACUGGUAGGUGGCUAUAAAUGGUAUGGAUAAGCAUAUUUCCCAGAAUGUCAAACUAUUCAUUUAACAGCAUUUGAUAAUUUGAUUAGAAAUAUCACACACUGUACCCUAGAGUAGUUAUGCACACCUACACAGUAAAAAAGAACAGUGGCUGCACUGUGCUCUGUCUCUGUUAUGACAAGACGUGUAAGAGCUGGAAGGAAAGGUUCUCCGAGGGCAAAAUGGCCCUGUGACUGUGAUUCGAAUCCUGUUAUAUAAGAUUGUGAGACAUGAAAGUAGGUGAGUGUGUCUGUCUUUAAAUGCCAUGUGACAAAUUGAUUGCUUGCUGCUUCUGUAGCAGGGCGCUCCCCGUCCUAUAUGUGCAUCUCAGAAGAAUGACCAUAGUUUGGGUCAACUUAGUUUCGCUUUGCCAGACUCUCCAGCGGAGGAGGGUCUGGCUAGUCCACACAGCUUUCCGGGUUGCGAUA